CGGGCCUUUGAUGCUAACAUAUUCAAGCUAACUCAUAAAAAUAACAAUAACAACAGUCGGUCUUCUGCAGCAUGGUGUCCAGCCAGCAGAAGCGGGUGUGGAGGUACGUGGAGGAGGGAAGUCUCCCCAAGCUGAAGUCGUACCUGAGGAAGCACCGGGACCUGGAGGUGAACUUCUCCCAGGGCAAGAGGCAGAGGAGCCCGCUGCACCUCGCCUGCAGCCGGCGAGACGACGCCGUGCUGCGGCUGCUGCUGGAGCACGGAGCCGAUGUCCUCCAGAGGGACCACAAGGGAGACACGACGCUGCACACCGCGGCCAACAUGGCCCUCAAACACGGGAAGACAGCGUACGUUGACCUGGUUGUGCCCCUGAAGCAGAGCUGUCCUGAGGCCAUGACUGUCCCGAACCGGGCAGGAGUCACACCCGAGGACCUGCUGGCUUUCAUGAGACACCCAGAGAGGGCAGCGAACCCGAGUCGUCCACCUGAAGCGGACCCUGAGAAGGAGUGGCAGGAGAAGCUGUUUGGUGAAUGUGAAGACGAGUUCUCUGAAAUGUUUGGAGUAUACGACGCUGAUGAUUUUCUUCCUGUUGAUGACGACGAGGAAGAUUUUGGGGACUGGGCCAGUCGUAUCAGGAGAGAAUAUUUUGAUAAAAAGAAUGCAGAAGCUCAAAGACUGGCAGCGUCGUCUUCAGGAUGGAAAAGAAAGAAGAGUGAAAAAGAUAAAGAGCAGGAGGAGCGAAGCUACAAGGAGCUGCAUGAGAAGCUGCAGAGGGAACAUGAAGAGUAUCUGGCUCGAGCGGCACGUAAAGAGGAAGAGACUCGACAGGGCAAGAAGCGCAGGUACGACGAGAAGUGUGCAGCUACUUUCCAGAGCGGCUCCUCGGAGGGCAGCACCAAGCUCAGCUACAGUGACAUCCCCUGGCCAGCUCCCAAAGGUACAGUGCAGGAGAUGGUGGACCUCAUGCUGCACGGGGUGGACCGCAAGGACCUGCCGGUGUUUCGUAAAAUGCUCAAGAAGCAGCAGACGCUGUGGCAUCCGGACAGAUUCGCUCAGAGAUGUGAGGCGCGGUUAGAGGAGAAGGACAAGAAGAGGAUCCUGGACACAGUCACAGCUCUGUCACAGGAGCUCAACAGACUGGCCCAGAGUCUGAGGGCUUAAACCCACUGGAGAAUUCACACAAUGGAAAUGUGUGCAUGUAAAACCUACAAACAAAUGAUAUUCAAAGUUACGCACAAAUGGCGAUGAUUUGCAUACAGUCUCCACAGCAGUUUGUCUGCUGCACAUGUGGUGACGACCACAUCAGCUGCUGUCCCCAGUGUCAGUAUUCCUUUAUAUCUGGUCCCAUUUUACACAUCGUUCAAUGUUGACCUAUUAAAUGCCAUCCGUCCAUUAUUUAUACCGCUUAUAAAUUGAGCAUCGUGUGGGGGUGGGGGGGCUGGAGCAAAUCCUAUCUGAGGGUUGCUUUGGUUAAAAGCAUCUGUUAAAACAAAGUAAAGAGAACUGAUUGUUGCACUAAUAAAACAGAGUGAAACAUUAGGUUUUUAAAUGCAAUUAAAUCGAUGAUAUUCAAAUUUCUCGAGUAAUUUGUGUCGUGUAUUUUUCGCUCUUAAAGCACAUCAGCGUUUUGUCCGUCUCACCAAGAAGACUCAUUCAUGUGAAAUAUGCCUUUAUGAAAAACUAAAGUAAUAAUUAUUAAUAGGGGAAUGUUUAGUGUUAAACUGCUAAAAUGAUCAAAUAACCACCAGCAGCUUAAAUAAAGGAUUUCUCACACAAAGAGGGGCAGAUGGUCGGGCUGCUUUCAGUGAUGGAACAGAAUAAGAAGAUGCGCGGGUUGCCAGGUUUGUCUGCGAACCCCCUUUUUAAACAGAAACAUGACAUUGUGGAGACAAAGGGACUGAACCAACUUGUUUACUGGGCAGACGAAUCAAAAAUAUUACCACUUAACACACAGUACAGCUAUUUCAUUGAGUUUUAAGUAAAUCAUGUCAUGUGAU